AUGAACAAAAGAAGCUCUUUCAGAAGAUCUCAAACAUUCCAACCUACAAACUCUGAUCCAUUCAGAGUUACUAAUGCAGUACCUCCAAGAAAGUCUUUGUCCAUUGAGUUUCCCACUUCUCCUGAUCAGUCUCUCUUUGAAGAACAGAUGAACCAUUUCACUCAUCCCCACCACCCCAUCUCACUGGUUAACCUGCAGGAGGCUUUCACCUGCUCCGGCUGCAAAGAACGUGGCGCCGGCAAAAGAUUCGCCUGUCAGAAAUGCGAUUUCCAGCUGCAUGAUUUCUGUGCUUUAUCUCCUCCAUUUCUUAAAGCUCAUCCCCUUCAUCUCCAGCAUCAGCUUGUCUUCCAUUCUAAGCCCAAAACAGGUGGGAUUCGAUGGCCAACGUGUAACGUUUGUGGAAAAUCCACAAGAGGGUUUACGUUCAGAUGCAGCUUCUGCCAUUUCCAGAUGCACCCAUGUUGUGCCAUGCUUUCUGACCAAAUCAACUACCCAUCUCUUCACAACCACCCCUUGUACCUCUUGCCAUCAUUAGCCUCCUCCGAUGAUCAACUCAACUUUAUCUGCAGAUACUGUAAUAGAAAAAGAUCUGGCCGUCUUUACAGCUGCAAGGUUUGUGACUAUCAUCUUCAUGCAGUGUGUGCUAAGGACCUGAUCAACGGGCUUAAAGUGAAUGGCAUCAAGAACUCAGAGAAGGCGAGCAUUCUAGGACCAGCCAUGCGGUUUGCUUCACAAGCUGUUGCUGAGUUCAUCGGGGGCCUGAUUGACGGGAUCGGAGAAGGGGUUGGAGAGGCUCUGGUUCAGGACGUGGCAAGGAGUACUGGUGGCCGUAACAGAACCCCAAGAAUAUAGCCUACCUAUUAAAAUUAAUUAAGGAUUCU